AUGAGGUUGUCCAUGUUCAAUGAGUUUACCAAACUCAAGUUUCUUGCAGUUGCAGAAAUAAGAUUUGCUAGUGUCAUUGUCAUGUUGAAGAGGUUCUUGCUUAUCAAGGAAGCAUUGGUGCUCAUGGUUGUUGGUGACAAGUGGAUGGCUUAUAGGAAGGACGAUCCAACCAAAGCUCAAGCGGUGAAGGAAAAGAUUCUCAAUGAUAUAUGGUGGGAUCAAGUUCAAUACAUUAUUGAUUUCACCGAUCCUAUUUAUUCAAUGCUACGGGCAGUUGACACAGACAAGCCAUGUCUCUAUUUGGUCUAUGAGAUGUGGGACUCUAUGAUAGAGAAGGUGAGAGCUUGUAUCUAUCGGAAGGAGGGAAUUGUGGAUGGUGGUACAAGUGUCUUUUUUGAUGUUGUUCAAAGCAUUUUACUAUCUAGGUGGGGCAAGAGUAAUACUCCUCUCCAGUGUUUGGCACACUCACUAAAUCCAAGAUACUAUACUCCAGCUUGGCUUAAUGAAGUAUCUGGUCGUGUCAGCCCAAAUAAUGAUGUUGAAAUUAAUACUGAGAGGAACAAAUGUUUUAGAAAGUUCUUUCCGGAUCCGGAUGACUUAAGAAAAAUCAAGACACAAUUUGCUGAUUUCUCACUAUUUUUGGGUGCCUUUGAUGACCCUGAUUCAGUUGAGGAUAGAGCUCAUUUUGACACAAAGUAAUGGUGGGGCACUUAUGGAGUUCACACCCCAGAGUUGAAAGAUUUAGCCUUAAAGCUACUUGGGCAGCCAGCAUCUUCCUCUUGCUGUGAGAGGAAUUGGAGCACAUAUGCUUUUAUACAUAGCAUGAAGAGGAAUAAGCUCACUCCUGAGAGAGCUGAGGAUUUGGUGUUUGUGCAUAACAACUUGCGUCUUCUUUCAAGGAAGUCCAAUGAUUAUCAAAGUGGACCACGCCGAAUGUGGGA